GUUGGACCCUUAUUCACACUUCCUAUAAAACUACAAACCACUCCUCUUUCCCUCUUCAAAACUUUCUGGCCUCAACACUAGCUUGAACAUUCCCCCCCAUUUUUUUCCUUUCUUAGUAACCAAACAGUUCUUAGGAAAACGAAAAAGGAAAUGGCUGUGGCUGCAAGAGGAAAAGCAACAGAGCUCCAAAACCCGAAAAAAUGGAGGGACAGAUCAGAGUGCAGCCCUGAAAGGACCAUUGUAUGGACCGAGCCUAAGGCGAAUAAGACCAGUGAGAAAAGAUCGGUCCCCGUCGUUUACUACUUGUCCAGGAAUGGACAGCUCGAGCAUCCUCAUUUCAUCGAGGUCCCUCUUUCCUCUCCUGAAGGUCUCUAUCUCAGAGAUGUAAUUAACCGCUUGAAUCUCCUCCGAGGCAAGGGAAUGGCUAACUUGUAUUCCUGGUCGUCGAAACGGAGCUACAAAAACGGCUUCGUUUGGCACGAUUUAUCAGAGAACGAUUUCAUAUACCCAGCUCACGGCCAAGAAUACGUUCUCAAAGGCUCGGAGUUUCACGAACUCAAUCUUAGCCCUAAGCUCCACGAAACGAUGACACCUUCAACGUCUUCAUCUUCGUCGAGAUCUCUGAGGCCACCACCGCCGGAGACGAACAAGUCCGGCGAGGAUUCGGAUUUUCCGGCGGUGAUAACGAGGCGAAGGAACCAGUCGUGGAGCUCGAUCGAUCUCCACGAGUACAAGGUCUACAAGGCCGAGUCGUCUUCCGGCGAGUCCGCCGGAAAAGCCGCUGCCGCCGACGCGUCGACUCAGACCGAGGACAAGCGAAGGAGACGCAGACCAGUCAGAGCGAAAGAAAUCGAAGAAGAAGACGAAGAUGACGAACAAGUUCGCGAAGAGAAAAGUCAACGCGAAAUAUGCCAUGGUCAAAGUACGGAGCUGAGUAGGGACGAGAUUUCGCCUCCGCCGUCUGAUUCAAGCCCCGAAACCCUAGAAUCAUUAAUGAAAGCUGAUGGACGGUUGGUGAUUGGCCCGCCUGGCGCUAAUGAGGACAAUUCUUCUUUGAAUCGGACGGCUGAGAAUUUCCCAAGCGGAAGAAUGAAGGCAUCGACGGUUCUGAUGCAAUUGAUCUCGUGCGGUUCGAUAUCGUUCAAGGACUGUGGUGCCACGUCAGUUAAGGAUCAAGGGUUCUCGUUGAUUGGGCACUAUAAAUCCAGGUUGCCCCGCGGAGCACGGAAUAAUAAUCAAUUGGGUAAAGAGGUAGGGGCGCUGACGGAAAUUCCUAAUUUCCCGGGGUUAAAAUUGGAAGACAAAGAGUAUUUUAGCGGGAGCUUGAUCGAGACAAACAAGAAAGAUGCGGAGGUUCCAAAUUUGAAGAGGUCAUCUUCGUAUAAUGCAGACCGGAGUUCGCAGUUGCAAUUGGCGGACGAAGAGAUUGAGGGAGUGCGCACAAAAUGCAUACCGAGGAAACCAAAGACACAGCCAACGAAGAAAGAUUGUAACAAUGAUGGUUCUUGUAUCAGUAGUAGUAGUAGUAGUAGUAGUCGACAAGUGAGCAAGAGGAGUGAGGUCUAACUUAUUAAAGUUGAAGGCUCAUUUUGUGUAUUGUGGUUCGUACUUUCUAACCAAAAAAACUAAUAAGAACAAGAGCCAAAGAAAAGGAAAAAAAAAAAUUUAUUGAAAAAGAAUGUAUGAUAUGAAAAAGGAUAUGCGAAAUACAUGGUGUGUGCAUUUUGCAAGUCACGGCAAGUCGAGCACAUAGAUUGAGGGGAAAAAGUGAAUGUUUAGGAGAAUAAAAAGUGCUCUAGGUUCAAGUUUUUUGAUUGUCAUCAGGUAUGGAGGUUUGGGCUUGGAUAAAAAUUGUGUGCAUUGGUAUUAGCGGGGGAUUAAAAUUGGCCUUAAUUUCGGUGAUUGGCACUAACCCUAAUGUUUACUUUUUUGACUAUAUGUAAUUUGACUUGAGCAUGUGAAAUACUACUACAACUAGAACUAUUCAUCAAAAAAAGUACUACAACUAGAACUCUGGCCUCGGUAUUGUCACAUACCUUGGUGACAUCGUAUUUGAGGACGCACGUGACCUCACGAUUGAAUUUGGUUCCUUGCGCCCGACAUGGUAUGGAGAUUGGUGAGGUGAGUUUGUGCAAAUUGUGCAUUUGGCAUACAUGGGAAGGUCCUGUAAGUCUUUAACUACUAACUAGAGACUAAUUUUAGUAACUUUUUUUUUUUUUUUUUAUAGAACCAUUCCAUUUAUGAUAUUGAGGCAUGUUUGGUAAAUAUUGAUUGUGGGUUAGAUGAUCCUUGUUCAGAAUUAAAAGGAUGAUAUCAAUGACAUUCAAAAGCCUCACUGUUUGCUUGUUCAAGUCCAGCAAUGUUGGGAGGUGUUACCUCUAAUCUGUUUCUAUUACAACUUUGCCUGUAAUUUGAG